AAUUUAUACAUUUAUAUUUGAUAUAGAGUCAAAAUGUAUAUUAAAAGAAUGUUGUUUUAUCAUAUGAAUCCUUGUUAACAAUGAUUACACUGGCUAUUUUAUCGUCUGCGUUUUCAUCAACUAUAUCAUGUAUAUAUGGAGUAAAUUACUAUGCUUUCGGCGUAUGUCUAUUUUAUGUUAUUUUAAAGGUUAUAGAGCGUUCGUUUUCUGAAACGUCUAUCUAUUAUAACUCGUCUUUCUUACCUAAACAGUUCAAACAUACUUACUCCCUUGUACUUGAUCUCGAUGAGACGCUUAUCCGAUCAGUUAGAACGAGGCCUAAUAGAUCUGUGCCCACAAUUCCUGUAAAGAUUAACGAUAAGAUCGCCCACUUCGUUGUUUUCAAAAGACCGCAUUUAGACACAUUUUUAAUGGAGAUGAGGAAGAUCUAUGAAAUUGUUAUUUACACCGCGAGUUGUCAGCAGUAUGCGGAAGCAAUAUUACAUCACACAUGUAUUAAUCAUUUGGUUGAUCGCAAACUAUAUCGUAACGAUUGUAUUAUAAAUGAUUAUGGAGAAUUUGUCAAGGAUUUGAGAAAAGUCCGUAAUGAUACUUCUAAAGUAAUUUUGAUUGAUAAUUCAUUGGCUGCUGGAUCCAUUUUUCCAGAAAACUUUAUUCCUAUCGAUAGUUGGUUUGGAGGUUCGUAUGAUACAGCCUUGUUGGACAUCAUGCCUCUUUUAUCGGCAUUACGUAAUGUAAAGGAUGUUAGGUUGAUAAUAAAUUUGAGAUGUAUGGAAUCAAAGAAUGAGGAGAUUCGAGAUCAAAAUACUACGCAUAACACUUUGAAGCAAAAAUCACAGUCUGGUCCCUCUCAUUCAGUUCCGCCUACAUACAGAUAUAAUCCUAACAUUAAUUUUUCUGAUGGCACAGAAAUGAACUGGCAUAGAAUUGGCGAGAGGUUGAACACAAAGCUCAAGCAGAUUGCGGAUUCUCUUGGGUAUCAGGAUCAUCCAAAUGCUUCGCAUACUGGGAGAUCUAAAAGUUUACUUAUAUUUUAUGCAAGAAUGAAUAAGGGAAUUAUCGAAGAUAAGAUAAGAUUGGCGCUAUCGCCAUCAUUUUUGAAUAUUGUAGAUAAAUCCGGGGGUUGUGGCGCGGCUUUUGAUGCUGUUAUCGUUUCAACUCUAUUCGAAAAUAAGAAACUGAUAGAAAGACAGAGAUUGGUCAAUGCAUCUAUUGCAGAGGAGAUGGCAAAGAUACACGCCUUCACUAUGAAGUGCCAUACACCAAAGGAAUGGGAAGACAAGAACAAAAAUUUGAAUAAAAUCGAGUAA